UUAAUUCCCGGCCCUGAAUUAAUAUAAGCUAAAAGAAUAUUCAAUUUAAUUAGUUAGUUGAAGACAAAAUGGCGAUGUGGGGUGCAGUAUUUUUGUUGGCUGUUGCUGGCACCACGGUGUUGGCUGAGCCCAGUUUAACCUUCCCUGAAGUUGCUAGAGGUCCAUCCCGUAUCGUGUCAGGAUGGGAAGCCGAGGUGGGCCAGCUCCCUCACCAGCUGUCGCUGCGUAUGGUGAGCCCUGGAGGUGACGUGUCAUCCUGCGGAGGCACCAUCAUCCACUCCCAGUGGGGUCUGACUGCUGCUCACUGCACUGCUGGACGUGUGACAAUCGUCAUUCGCGCUGGUACUGUGAACCUCACUCAGCCGUCAGCCAUCUUUGAAACUGAGAAGUACUACAACCACCCUCUUUACAACGAGGCUUUCGCUUGGAUCGUGCAGCCCAAUGACAUCGGUCUUCUUGAGUUCGGCAGGGCUCUCGUGUUCAGCGACACCAUCCAACCCAUCAGGCUGCAGAGGACAGCUGGUAAAGAUGACGUGUAUGAGAACGCUCAGGCUGUCGCCAGCGGCUGGGGACGUACCUGGACCGGAGGCUCUUCCCCCGAGAACCUCAACUGGGUGUACCUUCGCAUCACGACCAACGCUGACUGCUUAGCCGCCUUCGGAGGCAGCAGCAUCAUCCAGGCCUCCACCAUCUGUGCCAGGGGCUACAACGUUACCAGCCAGUCUACUUGCCAGGGUGACAGCGGUGGCCCUCUGACCACGAUCGACAUCGACGGCAAAGUAUCCCAAGUUGGAGUCACCUCCUUCGUGUCCGGAACUGGAUGCCACACUGAUUUCCCUGCUGGUUUCGUCCGCCCCGGCUUCUACCACGAAUGGUUCGAGCAGUUGACCGGCAUCAACUUCGACUGGGACUACGAAGAGCCUGCCACCACCACCGCGGCUCCCGAGUCUGAGGAAGUCACCACCACCGAGCCUGAAUCUGAGGAAGCCACCACUCCUGCUCCUGAGUCCGAAGAAGCUACCACUCCUGCCCCUGAAGAUGAUGAUGAUGAUGAUGAGGAAGACGUCGCCACUACCCCAGCCCCCGAGGAGGAUGAUGAUGCUACCUCUGAGUCACCCGAGGAAUCCUCUGAAUCCAGCUCCUCUUCUUCUUCUUCUUCAUCUGAAUCAAGCAGCUCCUCCGAAUCCAGCCAGUCUUCCGAAUCGUCGGAAGAAUAAAAACUUCCUAAACUACUCAGUUUUAAUAUAUAGAACAACUUUCCUAUGGCAAUAGUCAACAUUAAUGUUUAAUAUGUCAUCUAUUUAUAAUUAAAUAAAAUUUCUCGUUUUUUAUAGUGUUAUUA